AAACAAAUAAAGAAUGCUAAGAAUAAGAAAACCAAGAAAUUUUAAUUGGACAACAAUUAUUGUGGUAUCAUUAAUAGGAACACUGUCUGGUAUUUAUAUCUAUAAUCCACUGUUGAAACGCUACAUCGACGAGGAAUUAACAGCAAAGAAGGACAACAAGCAAAUUCAAAUAAAGAGGCUGAUGUACCUUUGCGUCGGUGCAUUGUCAUCAUUGACCUUCAUCACAAUUGGAUAUAAAUUUUAUGUAUCGCCGUACUUAAAAAGAAAGACGUAUCUAAGAAAUGAGGAAUUUGCGAACUAUGUAUUUCAGCAGGAACAAGAAACGCAACAGAAAAAGUACGAAUCAAAUGGAUGA